AUGGUCUAUUUGUUUGGAUCGCAUUCGGAAAAUGACUUUCUACGCAUCUCACAUAUAUCACGAAGAAAUCUUGUUGCGAACAAUUUUGCUAACAUGCUCCAUGGAGAUGGCUUCCGAGCAGGUUUUUCUGCAUUAGUUGGAGAGCACCGUAUAAUCUAUGUUCUUCAUGCUAACGAAGAUGGAAGUCUUGUGAACCAGAUUUCCGCUGAACAAUCUUCUCUGGUUGAUUGGAUUCUUGUGGAUAGUGCAAAGGGUGGCAGUUUACUAGCAACUUCAGUAGAAAGACAACGACGUAUUUCCUUCAAUUUAUUCGACAUAAUUACCACGCGAAGACCGUGUUUUAAGCUACCGAACAUUAGGAGCAAACACGGGCGGCUCUGGGCAGGAGGAAUAAAGCCUGAGAACGCUGGUGAGGCUCUUUCUGUCCUCAAACCUCAAGGAAUUGAUGUCAGCAGCGGCAUUUGCGGCCCAGACGGCAUUCAGAAGGAUCAAAUGCGAAUAUCUUCCUUCAUGAGUGCAGUUCGUUCUGUAAACUGA